AUGAAGGAAAUGCGGAAGGGUAUUGAUACAGAUACACCUGGGGAAAAUACAAUGAAGAUUCGGGGUCUAACUUCGGGAAAAAGGCCUACCAACAAAAAAGUGGUCAAGAUAAAUCCUGCUAAGAAGAAGAACAAGAAGCCCAGCGACGCAAAAGUUUCUAAAAAGGUCAAGAGAGAUCCUGAAGAUGCAAAUAAAGGCGCCGAGGAUCCUGCUAAGACGAAGGACAAGAAGAAGGCCAAGAAAGAUCCUGAAGACGCCCACAAAGGCGCCCUGGAUCCUGCCAAGACGAAGGACAAGAAGAAGGCCAAGAAAGAUCCUGAAGACGCACACAAAGGCGCCGAGGAUCCUACUAAGACGAAGGACAGGAAGAGGUCCAGAGACGCAGAAGGGGAUCAAGUUUCUAAAAAGGCCAAGAGAGAUCCUGAAGACGCACACAAAGGCGUCGAGGUUCCUGCUAAGACGAAGGACAAGAAAAAGGCCAAGAAAGAUCCUGAAGACGCACACAAAGGCGCCGAGGAUUCUGCUAAGACGAAGGACAAGAAAAAGGCCAAGAAAGAUCUUGAAGACGCACAUAAAGGCGCCGAGGAUUCUGCUAAGACGAAGGACAAGAAGGCCAAGAAAGAUCCUGAAGACGCACAUAAAGGCGCCGAGGAUUCUGCCAAGACGAAGGACAGGAAGAGGUCCAGAGACGCAGAAGGGGAUCAAGUUUCUAAAAAGGCCAAGAGAGAUCCUGAAGACGCACACAAAGGCGCCGAGGAUCCUGCUAAGACGAAGGACAAGCAGAAGGCCAAGAGAGAUCCUGAAGACGCACUCAAAGGCGCCGAGGAUCCUGCUAAGACGGAGGACAAGCAGAAGGCCAAGAAAGAUCCUGAAGACGCACAUAAAGGCGCCGAGGAUUCUGCCAAGACGAAGGACAAGAAGAGGCCCAGAGACGCAGAAGGGGAUCAAGUUUCUAAAAAGGCCAAGAGAGAUCCUGAAGACGCACACAAAGGCGCCGAGGAUCCUGCUAAGACGGAGGACAAGCAGAAGGCCAAGAGAGAUCCUGAAGACGCACUCAAAGGCGCCGAGGAACCUGCCAAGACGAAGGACAAGAAAGAUCCUGAAGACGCACUCAAAGGCGUAGAGGAUCCUGCCAAGACGGAGGACAGGAAGAGGCCCAGAGACGCAGAAGGGGAUCAAGUUUCUAAAAAGGCCAAGAGAGAUCCUGAAGACGCACACAAAGGCGCCGAGGAUCCUGCCAAGACGAAGGACAAGAAGAAGGCCAAGAAAGAUCCUGAAGACGCACUCAAAGGCGCAGAGGAUCCUGCCAAGACGGAGGACAGGAAGAGGCCCAGAGACGCAGAAGGGGAUCAAGUUUCUAAAAAGGCCAAGAGAGAUCCUGAAGACGCACACAAAGGCGCCGAGGAUCCUGCCAAGACGGAGGACAAGCAGAAGUCCAAGAGAGAUCCUGAAGACGCACUCAAAGGCGCCGAGGAUCCUGCUAAGACGGAGGACAAGCAGAAGGCCAAGAGAGAUCCUGAAGACGCACUCAAAGGCGCCGAGGAUCCUGCCAAGACGGAGGACAAGCAGAAGGCCAACGACGCAGAAGUUUCUAAGAAGGUGGAGAGAAACAGAGAGACCGAGAAUAUCGAAUAA